AGUGCAAAGGUACGUCCCACUGUUGAACUUCUAGAGAAUCAUCUGCGGAUCAGAGUCGUCCCGGACAGUGCUUCGGACCUCUUGAAUAUCCUUAAUACCGUGGGAUCUCGACUACCUUGUGAACGCUAUUAUCACGGACUAUUUGGACGGUGCGCGUUGGAGCAGAGCUGAGCAGAAUGUUGAGUAAAGACCUACCCGACAUAGAGAGCAUCUUGGCUCUGAACCCAAGAGUGAAGACACAUGCCGACGUCAUCUCCACGGCAACCAAGAAGAAAGAGAAGAAACACUGGAAGAGGAACGCUGAGCAUGGUUGUGAUUCGUGCGUGAAGCUGGAGAACAACUUUGACGACAUCAAACACACGACGCUGAGCGAACGCGGAGCUCUGCGCGAGGCCAUGAGGUGUCUCAAAUGUGUAUACUCCCCUGUCAGAAGAGUUGUCCACCAACCUCGACGUAAAGUCAUUUUAUUACCAGUAUAUCCAAUAAGGUAG